AACCUAAAAAAGAAACGAAGACAGAAUUACAUUCUCUCCCUUUCCUUUCUCCUGUUAAAGCAAGAAAACCUCUCUCUCUUUCUCCCUCUCUCCCUCUCCCUCUCCACUAGCAGCAGCAGCGGCGGCCAUGGAUAGCUACUGGAAUAGACAACAGCCUCCCAAUAUUUUGUCAGCGGCACUCCCCAAACGACCUCGCUCCGACUACGAUCUCCCCCUUGGAGCACCUGCUGGCCAUGAACUCCUCAACUAUCUGCCACGAGAUGAGGAUCAUUCUAGGCUCCACAUUUUAAAAGACACAAACUCCGUUGGAGCAUCAUAUGAACGCUACCUCCAAAAUCAAUUCUCUUCUUUUGGAACUGGAGGAGCUAGUAGCAACUUUGGUGGAACUGGAUUAGGUGGGGGUGUUGGAGGAGGAAUGCUGGGUCUUUCCAUUGGUGAACCUUUUAGGAUGGGUGGUCCUGGAGCUGUUGGCCCAGAUAUGGUGUCAGAUGGUAGAAACAUGGGAUUUGGUGGUCAGGUCCCUAUGGAUCCAAUGGUUAGGCCUGGUCGUGAAAUGCCUCUUCCACCAGAUGCUUCAAGCACCUUAUUUGUUGAAGGCCUUCCCCCUGAUAGCACACAGAGGGAAGUAGCUCAUAUAUUUCGUCCAUUUUUGGGGUUCAAAGAAGUGCGUUUGGUGAGCAAAGAACCUAAAUAUCAAGGUGGAGAUCGUCUGGUCCUUUGUUUUGUGGACUUCACAACUGCAGGCUGUGCAGCAACUGCAUUGGGUGCCUUGCAAGGUUAUAAAGUGGACGAACAUGAUCCGGACUCGUCCAUUUUGCGGCUGCAGUAUGCUCGUUACCCGAGUCCAAGGUCAGGCCCUCCAAGGUCCGGUCCACCAAGGUCAGGUCCUCGUAGCAAGCGAUAGAUGGGUGCCCUGUUCUCUCCUUGGAUACAGAUGUUGCCAGUCUUUGGGAAUAUUUUUUGUGUUGUAGCACAUUGACACUGCAAGUUUUAGUUGCUCAGGUAGCAUCACAGAAUACUUCUGAGCUGGAAAGGCGAGUGGAAGUGUUUCUCUUCCAAUCAUGUGAUCUAAUGAGUAGUUUGAUCUGAACUAAAAAACUUGUACAUCAGUUUUGAAUCCUACACCACAUCGCAUCUCAAAUGUAGAAGCUUGUCUACUACAAGCUGAAAACAAUUUCUCACUUAUUUGAUGUUAUAUUACAGUA